UAGAUGCUGAAAGUCCUUCAGAUAAACCUCCACAAAAGUAAAAACGCCUCAGCCGAGCUCCUGCUCAACAUAGAGGGAGUCGGCUACGAUGUGGCUCUAGUCCAGGAACCAUGGAUAGCGUCGGGCAACAUAGUCUCCGGUCUAAAGUCACAAAACUACAACACAUACAUCCCGAUUGUAAAAAAUAAGGUAAGAACAGCGAUGUUGGUCAAAAAAAGUAUAUGUUCUUAUAUUGAUCAUAAUCUCUCUUCAGACGAUCUGACAGUGGUGGCGCUGGAGGGCUGCAAGGAUGAGACGCUACUCUUUGGGUCCUGCUAUAUGCCACAUGAUGAGGAAGCACCACAAGCGGAACUUCGGAAGCUGGUAGAAACAGCUGCCAGAAAGAAGCAUGCUCUGGUGGUAGGAACGGACGCAAACGCACAUCACACGGUCUGGGGAAGUGCAGACAUAAACGACCGAGGUGAGUCACUAUUUACCUAUAUUCUUCAAAGUAGUCUAGAAAUAGCUAAUAGAGGUGAGGAACCAACAUAUGUGGGACCAACCUCGAAGAAUGUACUCGAUUUAACACUCUACACAAGCAGGCAUGUUAUGGUUCAGGAAUGGGAAGUAUUGAGUAGGCCCUCAUUAUUCACUUUCUUUCUUGGCCCUAUAUUUAUAACUGAGCUUGUACUCGAAAAGGUCGAUCUCUGCUUUUAUUUUUCUAUGUCCCUGUUCACCCAGAAGCAUAUCAAAUUCUUCUAA